AUGAUGUUGCAUGUUGACUGGAGCGAGGAAGAGGUCAGAUAAUGUUAAUCAUCUUUUUUUUUUCGAAUAGUGAACGAUUCAAGAAGUUUUUUGAUACAGGUCAUCAAACCGUUUGGUCGUUGGUAUACACCAUUUGCAAUAACUUGAAACAGUCUGACGUGUUUCCGAAAAACAUGAAGAAUUAUUCCUAGCUUUUUUCUGAAGGAAACACUUUAUUAAGGUUGAUUGAGACUCCAAUGAAACUUUGCAGAUCAUUUUCAAAUCCUCCGAUUACAAAUAGCGACGCUUAUCAAAUUAUAACGAUUCUCGAAGUCAAUUCAUAGCAAACCUUUUUUCUUCUUUCAAUUGAUACGAGAAUCUAAAAAACAGCAGCAGAAGAGCUAUCACCAGAAACACUUACCCUGUUAAAAGCUCAUUUUCAUAAUAAAACCAGCGAUGCGCAAAUUCACGUCUUCCACAUAGUCCACAAUUAUCAUAACCCUAUAAUUAAGGAUUUUUUCUUGUGUCCUUAAUCUGAAAUUUCUAGAAAGUUUGACGAGAAAUCGUUGUCGCGGAGUGCCGAUGACAGAAUAAUUUAACAGGAAGAGCAAAACCUGCACGAGUUUGCGUGAUUUCUUUGAGUUUUACCUGGAGGUCGUUCUUUUUUUUUUGGAAGGCGGGAGUGCAAAACCAGAGAAAAUGUAGGGCUUGUGGUCAAAUGUUCUCUCGGUCGCCUUUCGUUACUCGCUGUCCUUCUAUGAAAGCUGUGAAGGAGGUUUAAUCAUGAUUCGGAUUUAUUUUAAUUGUUAUGCGCUUUCAAGUUGUCUAGUAUAGGGUUGUAGUCAACUCGUAGGCGUUUCAGAGCCUUCCAAGGCUUCAGGCUUUUUAAAUUUUUUUUUUGGGUUUGAAAAUAGUUUCUGUUAUUUUUAGAGUGAGAGACAAUCAAUUUAAAGCAGUCCUGUCCUACAAAAACUUAGUGAACGUUUUGAAUUAACAUUCUCUGCUCUCAGUAGACCGGUAUGUCGAGCAGAAAACUAGAAGCUUCUAACUUGUUGCUUCCGCGUGAGACCGACAAAACAAGUAGUUUAGAGGCCAGUUUACAAGUUCUUAGUAAUCUUUUUCAAGAAUAAAAUUAACAUAAAUCCUUGAACUUUCACACCUUACUUGAAACUUUUUCAGAGUGUAUUUUUCAAACUAUGCGAAAACGGAGAGAUUUCCAGUAUUUCCGUUCAGAGAUAGCAGUAAAUGAUUUCAAUUCACAAACAGUAUUGUCAGGUUCUUUUAAACACUAUUUUGUCCUUUUUUUUCUUACACUUGUGGUAGAAUCCUGAUGCGAUAAAAUAAAAAAAAUGAACAGCUUUGUCUUCAGAAUCGAAGAUUUGCUUCAUUUUGAACUCCGAAGGAAAAAAAAAACAGAAAUAUGAAUUAGUUCCUGGAACGAUGCAUUUCCUGAACUUGAAAAGCACUUUGGGCAUUGCUCAACCUUAUAGAAAAAGUUGGAAAACGCCGUCUGCAGGUGUUUCUGACGCAAAGAAACCAUUGUGAAGACGUGAAAGCCAAUUGGCGAGGUGCUCGUUUUAUGUGACAGCGACGGGCGAAGGUUCCUCGUUUAAGGCGAAAAUGAAGUGGCGAAAUAUUUGGGUGUCGCCAAAAAUCCUGGCUGGCCCCGCUUCACGGUCGGGUGCCUCAAUUCAAAAAAAAAUCUCCUUCCGUCGCUAUUUUUUCCUUAUUCGUAGAAUAAAUCAAACAAUCCUCAUCAUUUUUUCAAUGACUUCCGUCGGCGUUUUAACAUUGGUUCUGUUUUACUUCCUUCAAGAAAAUCAUUUCUUUCCGUGAAUUUUUUUGCAAUCAAAAAAGGAAGCAUUUUGAAAACCAUUUUCAAUUUUACCUGAUCAAUCGCUCACUUUUUAUAUAUUUUUUCGUUCAAGCCCAAAAAAUCGAAUUCUCUAUCAAGUUGAGUUUAAGAAUGGGAAAGUCCCCAGUAGAAAAAGUCAGUAAAGUUCAUCAUCUGACUUUGAAAGAAGCCAACCUUUUUACCUUUUUUUACUUUCGAAGUAUUUCUCAAAAAAAUUUUUCAAAAAAAUGGGAACAAUACAUUUCUAAUUAUUUUUCAUAAUGUAUUUUGAAAUGUUUUCAGAAAAAAACAAUUUUUCAGUUUUUUUGGGUUUUUCAUAUAAUUCAGUCAGUCCUUGAUAUUUUCCCGAAAAAAAGAUGGCUUUGAGCUAUUCCCCCUGCUGUUUUUUUCUCUUUCAGAAAAAAAUGAGUACCCAUUAGCUAAAAAGAAAAUUUUUUUACUUUUGUGAAGAAAUAAAAGGAGGCAAUUUUUUUAACUUCGAUUUCUGUUGAUUUAUUUGAAAAAAAUGUCUCUGAGCAAAAAAAUGAAAAGGGCGUCUCCAUAUUUUUUUGUAAAUGAACUUUUUCGAAAAAGAAGUAAACCGAAAAUUUAUUUUGAAGCAAAAAAAUAAAGCAGAUCUAGAAGUUGGUGGGAUGUUCAUUGAAUUUAAAUUUUUUUCCAUUUUUUUCAAAAACUAACAUCUAUUUCUUGAAUUUUAGUACUUGUGUGGGAGAAUAAAAACAGUUUUAUUUUGAUUUGAUAAAUCUGGCGCUAAAAAUGUCUUAACACCCACUUUUUUUAUUUUUUUUAUGAUAGCAAGCUCUAAUGAGUUAGCGUCGAGUAAAAAAACAGACAGUUAUCGGAUUCAAAGUAGAUAAUCUAUAUUCUAAACUAUUCUAACUUUUAAUAUGAAGUUCAUGUUAUGAAAAAAUAUGUUGACAGGUUCACAAAAUCCUUGAGCUCUAGAGGAUCCACUUCAUCCUUUUUAACUUUUCUUGAGGGCAAACUGAUUUUUGUUAUUUCAAUUAUGAUAGGUCAAUUACUGUUGUUUUUUAACUACUGUCAGAAUGUACAGAAAAUAGUGGUUUGAAAAAAAUAUAUGUGUGAAUUCAACUUGUCCGCGGAGAAUGAGACAGAAAGCAAAGCUACUGAGGGAGCGCAGUGAUUGAGACGCUCAUCUAUCUGCCAAUUUUCAUAAUGGAUAUGCGCCAUUAUAUCCUCUCAGCAGCUCUGGUCGGUCAUCCCAAAUUUCAACGUUUUUUUUUUGGAUUCUGGUCAUUGAAACUUUUCUAUUGCGACUCCGACAUGAAUGGUGUAACUGUAAGCUUUCGAAUAAAAUCUUUCCAGUGAAAAUUUGUUUUCGAAGCGUAUUAUUCGUUUGGAAACAAAUGAAACGUUUUCUAAAGGCAGAUUAAACCUGUGAUGAGUUGUGGCUGAACCAUAGUUUGAACUUCAAAGUGAAAAAACGAAUGUUUCUUCUGUUCCAAAAUCGAGAGAUACUAGCCUCUUUUCAUCAAAAAAAUCAAUAAUUUACAGGUCCCUUUUGUAUUAAAAAUAGAAAAAAUUUAUCACACACUACCUUUUCGGAAAUCACUGAAAUAUAUUCUCAAUUUACUCAUUUUUCAGGCGGCGCGUCUGCGCGCGAUGGAAACUCGCACGGGAUCCGUUGGCGACUGCACGAAGCUCGCCAACUACCGAAAUAACAAGCAGAAUCAAUUCCGAAGAAGGUUGGAAUUUUUAUUUUCUCUAAAAUUUACACGUUUUGAUUUUUGGUCUCUCCAGUUGAAAGUUUUUUUCAAUUUUACCAAUUCAUAAAAAAAGAUUUUUAAAAAUUUUAAAAUCUUAAUAUUCAGUAUUUUUUUGAGAGCCGGUGCUUUGAAGUAGUUUUUUUGUCCUUAUAAAUUUGAUUUGAGCACGUUUUACGAGUUUCAGAAAGGCAAAUUGCUUGAUUAAGCAUUGUAAAAUCAGAAAGGAAAAAAAGAUACUACUCCGAAGUUCGAUCUAAUAAUUACGUUUACCUAGCCAAAUUUUCCUAUAUUAGCUAAUAUUUUCAGACUCAUUCAAUUUCACUCGAUUCCUUUUAUUUUUAUUCAUAAACUUUAUAAAAUCAGGUCGACUCGCCGUCGAAUUUCCAACGCACAACGACUCGCAGACUUGGAAGAUUUCAUCAAUCGCAGGUGA